CCCCGCCCCCUGCCUUGAAAAGCGGGGGCGCGCGAGGGGCGCCUCUCCAGACGCCUCCAGGAUGAGCUUCGGGUCGGACGCGCACUACCUGUCCUCCUCCUCCUCGGUCUCCUCCUCCUCCUACCGGAAGGUCUUCGGGGAGGGGACCCGCUACUCCUCGCACCGGCUGGGCUUGCCGCGGGGCUAUGGCUCUCCCUCGGCGGCGCCGCCCGCCUUGCCCUCGCUCCGCCUGGAGGCGCUGGAGCUAAGCCAGGCCUCGGCGCUGGGCGAGGAGCUCCGCCUGGCGCGCACCAGCGAGAAGGAGCAGCUGCAGGGCCUGAACGACCGCUUCGCGGGCUACAUCGAGAAGGUGCGGCAGCUGGAGCAGCGGAACCGGGCGCUGGAGGCCGAGCUGGGCGCCGCCCGUCAGCGCGCCGCCGAGCAUCCCCGCCUGGCCGAGCUCUUCCAGGCCGAGCUGCGGGAGGCGCGGGCGCGGCUGGAGGGCUGCGAGGCGGCGCGGGCGGAGGCGGCGCUGGAGCGGGAGCGCCUGGCCGAGGAGGCGGAGCGGCUGCGGGCGGCGGGCGAGGCGGAGGCGCGGGCGCGGGCCGAGGCGGAGGCGGCGCUGCGGACCCGGCAGCGGGAGAGCGAGGGCUCCGCCUUGGCCCGCCAGGCCCUGGAGCGCAAGCUGGAGGCGCUGCUCGACGAGCUGGCCUUCGUGCGCCAGGCCCACGCCGAGGAGCUGGCCGAGCUGCAGCGCCCGCCGCCCGCCCCGGAGCCCGCCCACGCCCACCCCCCGCGCCCCGAGCUGGCCUCCGCCCUCAAGGAGCUCCGCGUCCAGUACGAGGGCCUGGCCGCCCGCAACCUCCAGGCCGCCGAGGAGUGGUUCCGCGGCAAGUGCGCCACCCUCAGCCAGCAGGCCGCACGGGGCGCAGAGGCCGUCCGCGCCAGCCGCGACGAGGCCGGCGAGUACCGCCGACAGCUCCAGGCCCGAAGCCUCGAGGCCGAGAGCCUCCGCGGAGCCAAUGAGGCCCUCGAGAGGCAGCUCCACGACGCCGAGGAGAGGCACCACGCCGAGGCCCUGGGCCUCCAGGACAACGUCAAUCAGCUGGAGAGUGAACUGAGGGAAACCAAGAGUGAAAUGGCUCGGCACCUGAGGGAAUAUCAAGAUUUACUCAAUGUCAAGAUGGCACUGGAUAUAGAAAUAGCAGCAUACAGGAAACUGUUGGAAGGUGAAGAGACACGUUUUAGCACUUCCAGCAUCAACAUGAAUCCUAUUUCCAACCCUAGUAUUUAUUCCUUCCAACCUAGGUUCUUCAGUUCAUCUGUAGUUAGUAGUUCUAAAAUGUCCUCCACUCUUUCUUCUAAGAAAGAGGAGAAAGAAGAGGCUAGACUGGCCUCAAAAAUGUCAUCCAGCCAAGGAGGGGAAGCCUUUGCUGAAGUGAUUGAGGAAACCAUAACAUCCACUAAGAAAACUGAAAGAACAAAUCUGGAAGAAGGGAACAUGGCAAACCCCAAAAUGUAACCUGUUACCUUAAGUACAGUUAGCCUUUAAGGGGGAACAAUACAGCUCUUAGACUUCUAAAUUUCCUCUACCCAAAGGUGCUUACCCUUUUGUGUACACAUAAUAUUCUGAAGUUCCGCAUCACUAGACUAAUUCAGUAGGCUCUCCACAUUAAUGGAUUCAGACAGAUGGGUUGGAGUCUGAAAGCUUAACAUGGAAAAGCUCUGACAAGAAUCUACCGGUAAUUGGCAAAUAACAUACUUGUAUAAUAGCCAGAGCUCACAAUUUCUAAAUUGAGUAGAGUGAGAUUCCAAAAUGGCUCCGAGCCAGAUGAUAAAACACAUUUACAGCCCAUCUUAAAUGUCUCAGAGCUUCUUCAUACUUCUGAUAUCCCCGAAUUUGCCAUCCACUCUCAACUGAAAAGUAAGCACAGCAUUUGAUAGGAUCAUUGGAUAAUGUCAACUUAUGAAGAAGUGCAGUUUCAUUCCCAUCACUUGCCUCUUCAGACAAAGAAUUCAUGGAUAGGUUGCUGUGAGUUUUCCAGGCUGUAUGGCCAUGUUCCAGAAGCAUUCUCUCCUGACAUUUUGCCUACAUCUGUGGCAGGCAUCCUCACAGGUUGAGGGGUCUGUUGUUGAGGAGUCAAUGCUUCUGGAAUAUGACCAUACAGCAUGAAAAACUCACAGUAACCCAUUGAUUCCAGCCAUGAAAGCCUUUGACAAUUCAUAGAUAACUGGAUGCUGCUUUACUUGCUUCCCAGUCUUUGGGGAAUAUUGUGCCAGAUGUUUUUUGCUUGCCUUGCUAUUCCAUCUGUGUAUUUUAUAAAGAAGCACAAUGCAUAUAGAAACUUGGCACAAUCAGCUUCCAAUGUGUGAGCUUGUUUAGGAAGAUGGGAUGUAUAGCACACCGCACAAUUCGGUCAGAUCAAGGUUGUUCCAUUGACGCAUAAGGAAAUUUGUGUUUAGCUGCGAUUAAAAUGUCAUGAAGAAGCACUUAAUACAUUUUCCCUAUCCUGGGAUUAUUCCCAGUUAUUUGAUCAAGCUAAGUCUAGUGUAUUCUUCCCCUUUAAAAAAAGUCUAUAUGAUCAAAUCAUUAGAACUCUUUGAUUAGAAAGGUGCAUGUCCAGCCAUUUCUGUGAUUACCCAUGGACCACUGUUCUCACCAUUUCUUGUGCCAUAUUAGCAAUUACGUAGACUCAAUAGUGCCAGCUAUUGAAGAAUUAAAGGUCACACGUAUGCUGUAACUAGAUUUUAGUCAUAGCUGCCUAUCAAAACAUGGCUAAAAGAAAAAGGUUCACGCUCUUGAAUUAUCUGGAAGCACAGAGUCUUAUUGUUGUUUCAAAAGUAGAGACACCUGCUACUUCCUAUAGCUAUACUCCACAAUUUGAAAUCAUAAAUAGCCCUGCUUUUGAUUCACAAAUAGAAAAAGGAGUGUAGAUUAUACCAGCUGCUUAUUUCUUUGUUAUUGAAAGCAAUAGUGUUUCUAUGUGCUAUACUGAUAUAAGGUUUGUUAAAAGAUUUUUCUGUAAUGUAUUUUCUUAAAUACAUUCACUGGCGCAUGUUAAGCUCACUAGUGAAUUAUAGUUGCUCUUCUGACCUUUUUUCUGAUAGGUUAAAUGGGGCACAUUUGUUUGGCUGUGCUGGCCAGACUUGGAAGUAAUGCAGCUGAAUGCACACCUAAACACACACAAAUCACUUCUGUUUGAUAAACAACUGGUGCUGUAGACUGCUAAGUAGAAUUCUGAUCUUUUCCAAAAAGAGUAAUCACUGGGAGGGAAAGAUUCACACCUUGUCUCUUCCCCGACAUCCAAAAAGAAGAGUUCUGAUACAGUAGAAUCCUAUUUACCACCUUGGUCUCCCAGUCUUCAGGAUACAUCUUCAGUCUUAUCAUUUGAAUAUGUGCCAAGUUUUAUAUAAAAUUUACUAACGUAGAUUUUAUUUCAAUGCCUUAAAUUUGCCAGCAAAAUUGCUUUCUGCAGAAGCUGAAGACUGUGUGUAAUGUGAAGUGUUUGUACUGAUGCAUUCUGCCACAACAUUUGAGAACACAAAACCAUUAUGUGUUAUCCAUGUGACUGCAAUAGUUCCCUGAACUAAGAGAAAGUGUUUGCUCAUAUUCUUUCCUCCUCUUCUGUAAGGCACAAAUAAAUAAAAGAUUAUAUAACUUUAAGAAA